ACUCAAAAUACAACCGCUGGUACACGACUGAUACGGCCACUUUGGCCCGCAUCAACCCCCACCCUGCUGUGGAGUGUACCUUGUAUAAAUCCGGGACAGGGUAGUCAUGCUAUCAGGUGUUCCACCAAGGACAUAGUCUCACUAGCCGACCUUUUCAAGCGACAACAAAAUCUACAAACACAACUGAAGAUGUACAUGCCGUUCACUCUCAAGAUGUGCGCCCUUCAGGCCGUGGAGAGGGCCGACAUUGUCGGACGACUGGACAGCAGAAGUCUUAGGCUGGUCAAUCAGGUGUUGACCUUCGAGGUCAAUGACCUAGAAUUGGACACGAGUCAGACAGCAGCCAUGGAGAUCAGCUUUCACCUAUUUCCGCCUGCACAUAUGUGUGACUGGCGCCUCGAUAUACAGGCUGUCACUGGAGUACUCAGCUCCAAUUUAAAUGGCCUGAAGCUGACGUACUCAGUCGUGAGCAACGUUUUGAAGGUGGAGGGGGUGCGACGACGAUACAAAAGAAAAUUGAUUUCCUCUUCCCUAGGCCUGGAGGAAACAAGCGAAAUCCCGGAGGACCAGGAUGACGAGGGGGUCUACGAUGAGCUCUAUUUCAAAGUACAGGUGAAGAGCACGACCCGCAACAGCUAGGGAACGCACUCCUUUGCCAAUAUACUCCAUAGAUUAAAGACCUCGCUGGGGGUACAGCUGGCCUGGCCGAUGGGUAUCGACUGUUGUAUCCGUCUAGAUGACAUGGACUCUUUGGAUGAGGAUGUUUACAAAGCGUUUUCCAAGGGGGUACGCUCACCGCUGACGGAUGUCGCACGAGUGGCUAAUGUGGAAAACCCCCACUUCCUUCACCAUUCAUACCUAGAGUUGUCCUCUACAACAUGUUACAACACAGCCAUGGAAGAAACUAUGAAGAAUCCUGCAUCCAUCUUACCACCAGAAGUCUAG